GCCUCGGAGAACCAGACUUCCGAGGAGCCCGCGGCCGCCGAGGAAGCAAACACGACCGCCAACGCGACAGAGGAGGAACCCGAGGUGGUCUUGAAGCAGAAGAAGAAGAAGCAUGAGAAGCCCCUCACACUUAAGAGGUUUGACUACAAGCCGAAGCCUUUGACAGCCGAGAAGAUCGAAGAGCUCCAGAAGCGCAUGCUGGAGCUGAAAGAGAAGGAGGAGCAGGCUGCAGCCCUGGCGGGCCUUCGGAACGAGCUUGAGGCCUACAUAUACGGCAGUCGCGACAAGCUGGAGAGGGACGACAUCCUCAAGGUCUCGACAGAAGAGCAACGAUCCGAGAUCCUCAAGCUCUGUAUGGACUAUGAGGAAUGGAUGCACGAGGCCGGCGCAUCAAAGGCCGAGUUCGAGAGCAAGCUGAAAGACCUCCAGGACCGCCUUAGCCCCAUGGAGGAGCGUGCCCUGGAGCUGGAGGCUCGAGCCGACUUGCCUGAGAUGGUAGAGGAAGAGAUUGCUGCCAUCAAGGACAUGCAGAAGACCAUCGCCAAGAACAUGACUUGGGUGAGCGCCAACAAAACCGAGGCCGCGGCCGAGAAGUUGGCUGAGUUCGAGACGUGGUGGGCGAAGAAGCAGGAGCAGCAGAAGGGGCUUCCCCUUCACGAGGCGCCCGCCUACACAAAGCAGGAGGUUGUCAGUUCCAUUUCCAAGGUGAAGAAGGAGUGGGAGAAGCUGAAGAAGAUCAAGAAGCCAAAGGAGACGAAGCCCAAGGCGGAGAAGAACGCCACCAAGGAUAAGGGCGACAAAGCAGCCCCUGAGGAGCCCCUGCCCACCGACAUCGACUCGGUGGAAAAGGAGUUGGCUGCAAUUUCGGUGAAGAAGAUGGAGGCCGUGGAGAAAGAGGACUUCGACGCUGCACACGUGCUGAAGCAGCGUGAACAGGCGUUGUCCGAGCAGCUGAAGAAGCUGAAGGCCGAGACGUCCGAGAAGGGCGAACUGUGA